UGCUGCUGCUCGCCCUCAUGUGGCCGAGGGGGGUGUGGUGUGGUUACCACGAGAAGCGGCUGCUUCACCACCUGCUGGACCACUACAACGUGCUGGAGCGGCCUGUCGUCAACGAGAGCGACCCGCUACAACUGUCCUUCGGCCUCACGCUCAUGCAGAUCAUCGACGUGGACGAGAAGAAUCAGCUAUUAAUAACUAACAUCUGGCUGAAAUUAGAAUGGAAUGAUAUGAACUUAAGGUGGAACACUUCGGACUUUGGUGGUGUCAAAGAUUUGCGAGUACCACCUCACAGGUUAUGGAAACCUGACGUACUCAUGUACAAUAGCGCGGACGAAGGAUUUGAUAGCACAUAUCCGACUAAUGUGGUGGUUCGUAACAACGGCUCGUGUCUGUACGUGCCGCCGGGUAUCUUUAAAAGCACCUGCAAAAUUGAUAUCACCUGGUUCCCUUUCGACGACCAACGCUGCGAGAUGAAGUUUGGCAGCUGGACAUACGAUGGAUACCAACUUGACUUGCAAUUACAAGAUGAAGCCGGGGGUGAUAUAAGCAGUUUUGUGACAAACGGCGAAUGGGAACUAAUAGGGGUUCCGGGGAAGCGAAAUGAGAUCUAUUACAAUUGCUGUCCGGAGCCGUACAUCGAUAUCACAUUUGCAGUCGUGAUCCGACGGAAAACGCUGUACUAUUUCUUCAAUCUUAUCGUACCCUGCGUGUUGAUCGCCUCUAUGGCACUUUUGGGGUUCACUUUACCACCCGACUCCGGCGAAAAACUUUCUUUAGGUGUAACAAUUCUGCUGUCGCUGACGGUGUUUCUAAACAUGGUAGCGGAGACAAUGCCGGCGACUUCAGACGCAGUUCCACUUCUGGGUACAUAUUUCAACUGCAUCAUGUUCAUGGUGGCCUCUUCAGUCGUAUCAACUAUACUUAUCCUCAACUACCACCAUCGGCACGCAGACACACACGAAAUGAGUGAUUGGAUCCGGUGCGUGUUCUUGUACUGGCUGCCGUGGAUCCUGCGAAUGUCGCGGCCGGGGUCGGCGACGACGCCGCCGCCGGCGCGCGCGCCUCCCCCGCCCGAUCUCGAGUUGCGCGAGCGCUCCUCCAAGUCGCUGCUCGCUAAUGUGCUCGACAUAGACGACGACUUCCGGCACGCGCACGCGCAGCAGCCGCCCUGCUGCCGCUACUACAGGUCCCUCGACGAUCUACACGAACACUACUCGCCGGGUGGCGAAGAGAAUGGCGCAGGUCUUGCGGCACACAGCUGCUUCGGUGUCGACUACGAACUCUCGCUGAUUCUUAAAGAGAUCCGAGUCAUCACAGAUCAAAUGCGCAAAGAUGACGAAGACGCGGACAUAUCGCGGGACUGGAAGUUUGCCGCCAUGGUCGUGGACAGACUGUGCCUUAUUAUCUUUACCCUGUUCACAAUCAUCGCCACGCUCGCCGUGCUGCUGUCCGCGCCACACAUCAUGGUGUCGUAGCGAGCCGCCCACCUGCGACUGCGCGCGCGUAACGUUCUGUGAUACCGUAAUACGUGUUAAGUUGUGAUGUGCGAUGGGGCGCGGUCGCAGACGCCACGACCUCCAAGCAGACGUCGCCCGCCUCCGCGACCGCGCCACCCUAUAGUUAUAAGUUACCGCUGACUGCCAUCCCUAUGCGCUCAAUCGACUACUGCCUACCCUACUGAUGUCCUUAAAUUUUUAAACAAACAUGAGCGUAGAUCCGAAAGUAAAUGAGCAUGCAAAGUGUUGUUCUAAAGAUAUCCCAAACACAAGUUAUACCGAGAGCCAGCAAUCCUACGAUGAGUGGUUCCGAGUAGACGUUCGGUUCCCGAGUGAAUAUAAAAUAGUAUAAAGAGGCAGUAAAGUCCCAGGCGCUUGUAGAACUCCACGCUAGAAUAGUCGCCGCGCCGAGUCGAACGACCGCAGCAGCACUUUUGUCUGCGGCCGGUUCAUCAAUAUGAGCACAAAAAACGUCUUCCUUCUUACCGUUGAACGACCUGUUGAAUUUAAAAUUUAAAACUUUGUUAAAUCUUUCUUGAAUUCGUAAAUUUGUAUGUACAGUUUAGGAUUCGUUUCCGGGCAGUGAUGUGAGGGCCCGUGUUUUCUUCUCGUUCGAUUCCGUGAAUCGUGGUCGUAAUCCUUAAGUUUAUUUUCGGAUAUAUUUGUGUCCGUAGUUAGUAUAGAGGUUUACAAACAAUGUUAAUUCAAUUGGUACAGGUUGUGAUACGCCUCGUUGUAAACGGGUCGAUAUUGUUAUAAAAUGGUCAAAUAUCCAGGCUAAUAGCUUAAUAAAACGUUCGUUAAAACUUGUAGUUAAACAAAGUAUUAUUUUAUUAAAAUCAUACCCGGGUCUUUCGGAACGACUUAUACAAAUAAAUACAUUACAUGGUGAUAUCUCGUUUGUACCGACUUCUUUCAUAUUGCUGAUAUAAUGUUAGCGUUUACGGAAUUUCUCCUCUAUCGAAACUUGAUUGAUUAUAUUAUAAUACUUUUUGAUAUAAGGAUUUGGACAUGUAUUCAGUUUUUCUUUACAUUCAUCGCCAUGUUUUGUUGAUCAUCAUUAUUGCUGUCCUCGAUGUAUAUUUUAACAACCGAUCAAUAUUAUUCUUAUUACAUUUCAUCACUAACUAACCGCUCAUAUAAUCCUUUCCAUAUACCUAAAUCUAUAUCAUGAUACAUCUUUACUUUAGUUCAUCCAAAACCUUGAAGUGAAUAAUUUUAUUGUUGUUGAAAACAUUGUUAGCCUCUUAAGAAUAAAACGCAAGCAAUAGCUAGGAACUGCGUGGAUAUAAACUGACAAAUGUACCUACGCAUCUCCUGCGAAGCGUUUUGUUCUUUCGAGGCCGUGCUAUUAAAUAGUCGUAGGCGUUCCUUUUGGAAGUUGCGGGGAGCGUCUAUGAUUCUUGGCCCGGUGUUUUCUGUUAUCCCGAUUUUUAUUGUUGUUAUACAUUGAGUUGUCAACCUAUAAAACGGUUGUGUGACUUAUCGGACGGUAAACUAAGCGAAUGUAGAUCGCAAAGGAUACAACUAUCUACUAUUGGAUAGUGAAAUUUGCUUUGUUACCGUCUAAGUUAGGACGAAUCGUUCGUCCUCAUAAUUUGUUCAAUUGUUAGGGUUAAUACUCUGAAUUGCACUUUGUUUAAUAAAUAUAAA